AUGGGUCGCGAGCACGACGAGGAUGGGGCCAAGACAAAGCCCAAGCACAUAACAUUUGACCAGACGAGCCUCGAUGGGAGCGACGAGGAUGAUGGAGCUGUCGAGGUCACCUUCGACGACGGAAGUCCAUACCGGAGGAAGAGCUCAAUGGUUGCGUCGGAAGCUCCUGCACCUGCGACGAAGCGCAUGCAGCCGGGUCGACGAGCCGAGUGCGUGGUUCAUCAGUUGAUAGAAGAACAGCGAAAGUCCAAGGAACGAUCUGCUGGCAAUUCCCCCAGCCGCAACCAGUAUCAUGCGCAUCCGAUAUACUCGCAAUCACAUAGACACGAUGACCCUGUCGACAUCAGCAGUGAAAAGAACCUGGACAAAAUCGUCGAUUUGAAGUGCCCUGUCGACAAGCAAAAGUGCCGUGCGGUCCUUGACCCAAGCUGCUUGGAUGCCGAAAACGAAAUAGGACAGGUGGACCAGGAGGCGUGGACGAAAGAAAUGACAAAGUCUGAUUCCGAGGCGGAGCCUCACCAGCAAAAUGACCCUGUCCAUAGUCGAAUGUUGACCAAAAAGCAGCUGAGUGAUAUGGCCUGGGGAGUUCGCGAGCUGAGCAGGCGGCUGAGCAGCAUGCGCAUCCGCUUCCGAGUGAGGACCAUCUUUCUCCUGACAAAGAUUCACGACUCGGACUUGAUUGUCCACACGAGGGCCCUGGCGCAGUGGUUGCUCGGCAAAGAGCGAGAUGUCAAAUACGUCGUCUAUGUAGAGAAACAGCUCAAGACCAACAAGAGGUUUGACGCGGCAAAGCUGAUUGACGAGGUGGCUCAUGAAUAUGCCAAGGAUGGCAGCGUGACAGAGGACGUCGCUCGCGAAGGCGUGCAGAGACGCCUCCGGUACUGGGACGAGACCAUGUGCAGAUCGCGGCCCCAUUCGUUUGACUUUGUCAUUACCCUUGGAGGAGACGGAACGGUUCUGUAUGCGAGUUGGCUCUUCCAGAGAAUUGUGCCGCCGGUGCUGAGCUUCGCUCUGGGCAGUCUCGGGUUCCUGACCAAGUUUGACUUUGAAGACUACAAGCCGAUCCUCACCUCUGCCUUUUCAAAGGGCGUGACGGUCAGCCUGAGGCUUCGAUUCGAGUGCACGAUUAUGAGGAGCGUGCGCAAGAGGCUCUCGGAGUCAGAGUCUGACGAGGAUGAUGAUGUGUUGCACUACAGGCGGGAUUUGGUGGAAGAGCUGAUUGGCGAGGAGAUUGAGGAUGAGCAUACACAUAAACCAGAGGGGACGUUUGAGAUUUUAAAUGAGCUGGUUGUUGACAGGGGCCCGAAUCCAACCAUGUCUUUUACGGAAAUCUUUGGAGACGACGAGCACUUUACUUCGGUGCUCGCAGACGGCAUUUGCGUAUCUACACCAACAGGUUCGACAGCUUAUAACCUCGCCGCCGGGGGCUCCCUAUGCCACCCCGAGAACCCCGUCAUGCUCGUCACCUCCAUCUGCGCCCACACGCUGUCGUUUAGGCCCAUCAUCUUGCCUGACACGAUUGUGCUGCGUGUCGGCGUGCCCUACAACGCGAGGACGGCCUCGUGGGCCAGCUUUGAUGGACGCGAGCGGGUGGAACUGCAACCCGGCGACUACGUGACGUUUUCUCAAAAAAUCUCACAACGCCAACCGAACAAACUCCCAAAACAAACAGCAAAAAUGGCCUCGUCCCUCCCCCCCGACCUCUUCGACCAAACCACAAUCAUCUCCCUCCUCUCCACCCUCGCCAUCGUCCUCAUCGCCUACACCACGUCGCGCCUCGUCCUCCCCCGCGCCACUACCGCCACGCUGCGCUUCCUCUUCAUCUGGCACCUCGCCGACGCGCUCUGCCACUUCAUCCUCGAGGGCAGCUUCCUGUAUCACUGCUUCUACUCGUUUGUUCCCGCGGCCGAAGCGAGCAAGGACCUGGUGCCCACGCCGUACAAUUAUCUCGGAUGGGGGGAUAGCAGGGUGUAUGGACCGCAGAGUGGCGGGGACAAUCCGUUUGCGCAGCUGUGGAUGGUGUAUGCGCGGGCGGAUAAGAGAUGGGCGGGAGCUGAUCUGGGCGUCAUCAGUCUCGAGCUUUUGACCGUCUUCUUUGAUGGACCCCUGGCGGUGUACAUCUGCUACCUGAUUGCAAAGGGAAGUCCCAAGGCCAGCAUCUGGAUGAUUGUCUUGGCGACUUGUGAGCUCUACGGAGGCUUCAUGACUUUCUGCCCCGAGUGGCUCACCGGCAACAUCAACCUCGACGGCAGCAACUUCAUGUAUAUGUGGGUGUACCUGGUCUUUUUCAACAUGCUGUGGGUAUUCAUUCCGCUGUAUGCGGUUUGGUACUCGAUCAACGACAUAUCAAACGCUUUUGCUGUGCGAGAGGGUUUCUUCAGGAUAACAAACAAGAAGUUUGAUUGA